AUGUCCUCCCACUACACCAAGUCCCACCUAUCAGCCAUCACGUUUCUGCACCCACCCAGCCCUGUGGACAUCAAGCAGUGCCCGUGCGAUGUUAGACCUGAGCCAAAGCCGGCCUCUGAGCACAACACGUUCAUCCGCGUCUACCACACCGAACCAUCCAUCUAUGGGUACAACGCGGGCUGCUCCCUUGUGAGGGAGUCUAGGUAUAGCACUUCGCAGCAGUGGCAUGGUCCCUCGGACGACCUUGUCGCAGAUGACGCCGCUCCUGGGAGCUCUGUUGCUUCCGUUGGAUGGUGGGCGGACCUGGCGAACGAGGUGUGGGAGACCAGAGUCUACUAUGUGGCCAACGGCGGGAAUCUUCAGGAGCGCAUCAACCACAGUUCCUUCUCGCCCGCGGUCAAAGACGACUUUGAUGAUCCACUUCCAAAGCCCGAAGAGAUGAUUCCACCCACGCCGGGAUGGAAGUUGACCCAGAUCCUCGCGACUGAAAACGGAACCGAAGAAAGUGACAAGACCGGGUUCCCUAACAUUCAGCCCCUCCCUGAGACUAAGUUGGCGGUCGUUCGCUCGGGAGACGGAAAGCUUCACGUCUUCUACCAAGCUGUCGACAACUCUAUUCUCGAGGCUAUCUUCACCCCUGAGAAGGGUUGGAUUGCCGAGAAAAGUGUUGUAGUCGCCUCUGGAGCCAAGACCGGCACCCCCUUGACGGCAAUCUCGGGGGGCUGGGCUGAAGUGAGGCUGUUUUUCGUCGAUACGAACGACGUGCUGGCAUACGUCUACGCAGAUGAUCACACUGGCUGGGUUCAACGUCAGUACAACCACCCUUCACAUGCCACUGUCUUUAUCGUAGCUCAAGCUAAUAUUAGUCUUUUUAUAGAGGAGAUUCCAUCCUACAAGCUCCCUCCCACGGCCAUGCUCGCAGCGGUUGCUUGGAACUAUGCAUCACCCUUCUUCGGGAUCCGCGUCUACACUACCGACAACCGUGAUGAGCUGCAUGAGUUCUCCUACAACCGCAACUCGGGUGGAUGGGCCUCGGACUCUCAGUCCGUGAAUAAGCUCAACCCAGGGGGCCUACAUGUUGGUUUCCAAGGAUCUGCUGCGCUAUCGGCUGUUGCCGCCGUGCUCGUGGAGGGUGAGUGGAAGACCAAGGUCUAUUUUCACCCACGUCGCACCAUCCUCGAAUGGGACGUCUGCGCCAAGGCCCCUCCGAGUGUGGGCAUCCACAAGCCCAGCCAGGGGGGCGAGCUGAAGCGCGCUAUUGAAGGAGAGACGCGGCUGAAGAUCGCCGAGGAGGAAGAGCGCAAGAGGGUUGAAGAGGAAGAAAAGAGAAGAGCUGAGGAGGAGCUGAGGAAGAAGGCAGAGGAGGAAGAAGCGAAGAAGAGAGCUGAAGAAGAGGAGGAGCGUAGAAAGGUAGAGGCUGAAGAGGCGUGGAAGCAAGCUGAGAAGGAGGAAGCGCAGAAGAGGGUGCAGGAGGAGCUACAGAAGUACAGUAGUAUCCCGGUGGGUGGCAAGGUCAGUCUCAGGGACAACCCAGAGAUGGACAAGAUCUUCAAGGAAGCAACCAGGUGUAACGCUGGGUACGAUUGGCUCAGGACUAACGACGGCUGGCGAUGUUCGGGCGGUGGUCACUUUCUCACUAACGAGCAGUUUGAGACGCUGAGCCGGGGAGGUUAG